UUGGUGACGUUAUUCUCCAAUCACAAUGUCAAUUUCCAUAUUUGUUUUGGUAAUUAUUAUUUAAUCUUCGAUAUUGCAGUAAAAACCAGAAAACAUACGUGUUGUUAUAGCAACUUUAAAAAUACUAACUAAAUAAAUAGUAUAAUAAGUGAAGUGUUUAACGCUUAAAACAUGGAUGCAAAAGACGUUUGCAUAGAAAUCGAGAAUGAUGAAUUUUACAGCAAAUUCCUGGUGGAAUCCGUGAAGCCGCUAGUCGGUGAGAACAUCUCGGUGACAGAACAGGUCAAUAGGCUCACCCAGGGUAUUGAGAAGCUCACUAAAAGUCUGGAGUCACAAGUGUUAGCCAAACACAACGAUUUACUUACACAGGCAAGUAAUAUAUCCGAUUUGGAAGCUAUGCUUGAAUCGGUGCGUUCCCAAGUGCAGGGGCUACUGCGCAGUGCUGACAAACUCAAAGACCGUGUACACACGCCCUAUGACGUGUUAGAAAGCCAGACAAUGAUGUUAGAUAGAGUCCAAACUACGUGUAACCUCCUUAGACAUUCAGCGAAAAUACUCACUUUGUGGAACAAACUAAUAUCAGUUAAAGACAACCCAACAAAAGAGGCCAUGAUACUUUUUGAAUUAAACGAACUUAUAAAUGAUUAUGAUUUCAAAGGAAUAACUUUACUCGAUGAUAUUUUAACCCAAGUCGAACAUCAGAGAAAAGAACUUUUGAAAAGUUCCACAGAUUUAUUACAAUCUAGUUUAUUGAACGGUGAUAAAGUUAAACUUCUACAAUGUUUUAAAGUCUUUCACAACCUGCAAUGCACUGAGGAGCAGAUUAAAAUUACAGUGGACAGUAUUCUAAGAGAUUUGAGAAAAGAAAUAAAUACUGCGCUUAAUGUACAGAUGGUAUCUAUAGAAGUGAAAAAGUCCAGUUCGGGAAGAAUUGCACCUGGUAAAGCCAAUAUUAUGAACGCACAAGAUUUCAAGAUCAAACUCUGGGAUAAUAUUGAUAAGCUGUUUAAAAAUGAAAUGUAUAAUAGCUGUAUGAAAGUAGUGAUGUUGCAAAACGUUGUGAAUGAACUGCAUGCUAUUGGAAAUUUCAGAAAUAUAGCAAAAAAAUUCUGGGACGAAUUAUCCUUAAUUUUCAGUAAUGAAUUAGAAAAAAGUCCAUCCACUGUCAGUCAAUCCAUUGAAAUUGAUUUCCCGAAACUGUUAAAAUGUUUCAAUGAUUUACUUUCAAAAUUAAAAUGUAAAAAUCUUGAAAUGAACCGCUCUUGCUUGACUAAAUGGGAAAAUGCAUUCUUAUCAAAAUCCUUGGCCAAGUUAUUAGAACCGGUAAGAAGUAUGUGGCAUUUGAACCAAGUCCCAACCAUGGACCAAAUAGAUAAUGCUAUAAGAGUGAUAGCAGAAGCACUGAGUAUUUCAUUGGCAGACAAAAAUUUGAGUAUAAGUUUGGCAUACAGUGUGGCAAAGAGCAUCAAACAAAUGAAUGUAGAAGCAGAACAACGGUUGUCUAUGGACAGUGACGUUGCACAAAUCAUAGAAGCACCAACGAGCUCGCAGCAGAAGAAUGCAGAUUUGUGCAAUGCAUUGUACUACUUUUCAUCGCAAAUAAAAAGAGUUCUUGUAAACAUGAACUCAAUGUUACCUCAAGAGAGCGUACAAAUAGUACAAAACAGUUUAAAAGGCAUGUCUAGUCUACCGGUCCUUAAUUUGUUUGCUGAAUCUAUAAAAAAUUCUUUAUACCUUAUUUUAAUCACAAUGCAUGAUGAACCGGAUUUAAUUCGUGCUGAGAAUCCCAAUAAUAAAACAAUGACAUGCUCUCCAUAUAUGAAGGAGCUUCAACAAUUUGUAUCACGAUGCAAAGAUAUAUAUUUGUCGUUAUUCAACGAAAAACAGGCAUUGAACGAAUGUUGUAUAGACAUUUCUAAGUGUUGUAUCGAAAGGUUUAUGCAUCAUGUAUGUAAUGUACGUCCUCUAAGUUUGUACGGGCGUGCAAAGUUGCAAGCCGAUUGUAAGCAUUUAGAAACUUCUUUGGCACCACUGGUAAAUGAUAUUACAGAGUUGGGUGAUCACUACCGUCAGUUGAAGGCUUUAAGUAUGCUUUUGGAGAAAAAGCCUCAAGAUAUAGCGAAGAGUCAACAUGAAGGUGCAUUGUUGCCUUACUCUUUGGUCAUGAUGUAUCUUUUUUCGUAUGGUGGACAACAAUUGUUAGCACCACAUGUAUGUGCAGGUUGGAACAUACAGAAACUAAUCCAAUGGCUGGACAGUCACAAGGACGAGAGGGAUAGACUAGAGUUUGUCGCGGGCGCUUUACAAAGAUACCAGAACCAUGUGAGGCAGAAUCAAAUCACAUGCUACGAUGAGGUCUACCCUGUUCUGCUACAGCUGCUCGAAGAUGGGAGAAAAGCGCUGAAAAAUUAGUUUAUUUGUGUAUAUAAAAACUAGAAAGUACAAAAAAUAACAA